AUAUACACACAGGAUCAAUGGGCGUGAGAGGAUAAGGGGCCGGCCGGAAAAGGAUGAGCAGGGUGUGCGUCACCGGAGCUGCAGGCUACAUCGCGUCCUGGCUCGUCAAGAAGCUCCUCGACAGAGGCUGCACCGUCCAUGGGACCGUACGAAACCUCGGGGAUGAGAAGAAGACGGAGCUGCUGAGGGGGCUCCCCGGCGCGGCGGAGCGGCUGGUGCUGUUCGAGGCGGACAUCUAUGACGCUGCCUCAUUCGAGCCGGCCAUCCAAGGCUGCGAGUUCGUCUUCCUCGUCGCCACCCCGCUGCAGCACAACUCCGGCAGCUCCAAGUACAAGGACACCACCGAAGCGACAUUGGACGCGACGCGCACCAUCCUGCAGCAGUGCGAGCGGUCCAAGACGGUGAAGCGUGUCAUCCACACGGGCUCCGUUGUCACAGCCUCGCCGCUCCGGGAGGACGGCGACGGGUACAAAGAGUUCGUGAACGAAUCCUGCUGGACCCCACUCGGCCUGUCCUGCGACCACAGCAACGAAUACAUGGACGCUUAUGUAUCCUCGAAGACCAUCUCUGAGGAGGAAUUACUCAAGUACAACGAUGACUUCUUCGAGGGUAGAGCGUUCGACGUUGUUGUCUUGGUAUGCGGCCUCGUAGGAGGAGACACCAUCCUGCCGUACAUCAGUGAUAGCCUCCAUGUCAUGUUGUCGCCUCUAACCGGCAUCGAGAUCUAUCACAACUCCCUCAAGUUCCUACAGGCCCUCCUCGGCUCCGUACCACUGGUGCAUGUCGAUGACGUCUGCGAGGCACAUGUCUUCUGCAUGGAGAAGUCGUCUGAUGUUGUUGGUGGCCGAUACCUUUGCACCACCGCGCACACCAACAUGCAUGACAUCUUGGAGCACUACGCCCGCAUGCACCCCGAACUCGAGCGGAUCAAAGAAGUGGUGGGAGAGGGAUUGAGAGUGCAGGCUAACACAAACAAACUUGUGGAGCUGGGAUUCAAGUAUAAGUAUGGAGCAGAGGAGGUGCUUGAUGGAAGCGUGGAUUGCGGGAAGAGGUUAGGAUUGUUGUAAUAUGCACAUGCAUACGUUGCUCGUGUGCUAGCAUACAUUUGACAGUCAAAAUAUAUGUAUAUAUGUCACUUUUGGACUCUUGUGUUUAUUCUUGAAAGUUGUUGAGGUUGUUGUACCUUAUUUACGGUUAUCUUGGUUGUAUCUUAAGGUUUUAAUGAUACAAUAUGUAGAAAGCAUAGAUAUGUAUAGCUGUGUGAUAUAUUCUCCUUA